GAUUGGUGCGACGUGCAGCGAUGCGGAAGCAAAGCUCAGGUGGCACGUCGUCUGCACCAGUCUGUACGUCGACUCUUCGAGUUGCUUCGUGCGGUCCGCGCCAGCCGUGCCUCUAAACCGUUUUUUGCUUUGCAACCUACGCCUCAGAACUUUAAAACCGAGGAAUCUAGGUACCCGCAGGAUACCCACCGGGCCAUCGGUGAACCAUGGCUGUGGAUGCCGCCUUAACGAACGGCGGCGAGGCAGAGGACUCAUUCCUUUACGACCCGAGCCUCCUGGAGGGCCUGGACGACCUCAAAGGCCCGCCCUGCCCCACCCUCAGGGUUCGGCCCUUGAGCGUGGACGACUACGACCGGGGGUUCCUGGGACUCCUCAGUCAGCUCACAGUUGGCGGCGAUGUGUCGAGGGAGGAAUUCCUUGCCAGGUUUCACGCCAUGCGUUCUCGGCCCGGCACCUACUAUGUGACCGUGGUCGAAGACACGGAAAGAGGGGCCGUGGUAGGCACUGCCACGCUCGUUGCCGAACUCAAGUUCAUCAGAAACCUUGCCACGAGGGGCCGUCUCGAAGACGUGGUGGUCUCCAGCGAUUACCGUGGCCGUCAGCUCGGAAAACUGGUCGUCCAGACCGUGGUGCAUCUGGCCCGCAAGGUCGGCUGCUACAAGCUGACCCUGGACUGCAAGGACUCCCUGACCAAGUUCUACGCCGACAACGGAUUCACGUUGGAACCCGGCAACGCAAACUCCAUGAGCCUGCGAUUUUUGGAGGCCGGCGACGCCCCGCACUGACGGGGGCCCGCACUACUACAGCACCCGCGAUGAGUCUCUGACCGGCGCGUUUACUGCGCCCAAAAAAGCGGUACCACGUUACAAGGGGUCGCUCUUCGGCUCGGCGGUCUGCGGAAGCUUAGGCGGUCGGGAGUUGGGACUACGCGGCGACGGCAACGCCCAUAUUCACUCUUACUUUUUGCCGCUACUUCUGGUGCCGACUGCCAGGAUUGCGACUUCUGACGGUGUGACACUCUUACUUUUGUGACGUCGUUUGGUGCCGCUCGGGACCAUUUUUGGCGUAUUGAAGGGAAACGACAACAAGCAACGGUCGUCCAGGACUCGUUGCAGGUUCCAUAGCUCGACGGUCCGGGUAAACGUGGGGACGUUACGACGGAAGGGGACGAAGCACGGAGCGUCGGUCCACCUUGACGUGUCGGUGUGUCCGGCGACAUGCUUCCGUGUCUCGUGGCAGAAAAAGAGAGUGCAAUAUAUAUAAAUAAAAAGAGUAACUCGCAUUCCCUAUCCAAACUGAGUCCGUGUCAACUCUCCGUAGAGUAUGUACAAUAACAUAGAGGAAAAGGUAUCGCAGUUUGGAAGCGGCCGAAAUGUGGGACCUUUUGGUGCCGCUUUUAUACACGCCAAGAAGCGGGAAAACAAACGCGGCAUUGCGCGUCGUAUAAAAAUAAAGUUGACGAGCUGU